AUAGUUUUUGAACUUAUCGAUAGCACGUGGCCUUGACUAAACUGCAAUCGAACAAUACAAAACUAAGUGAUGGCGUUGAAAUUGAAUUUGAACUUUAAUUUCACCCGCACACUUUCUGUUUUGAGGCACAUGGGUAGUAGCAGCAGUGGGGAAUGGGGAACUGGUGCUGGAAAGGGAGGUGGAACUGGUGGAGCAGUCAGGGAAGCUGGAGGAAGUUUUGGAAGAAUGGAGGCAGCUCGUGAAGAGCAGUACUUCAGAAAACUACAACAGAAGCAGAUUAAUGAGCUGAAGAUUCAUUUAGAUGAGGAAAUAGAACAUCACAAGAAAGUUAUCAGACAGCACCAGAAAGAAAUAGAACGACACAAGGAGCGGAUUGAGGAGCUUGAAAAAAAACAUGGAGAUUGAAUACCAGUAUUUAGGUUAACAAGAUAUUUCACAAACUAGGUUUUGGUAAUUCUUGAAUAAAUAAUAAUUCAUGUACAUCAGUAAGAAAAAAAACAACAAACUGUUAACCAGAACAUUUUAGAUAAAAUGUUUGUUAUUCAGUGUUUUCAAAAAGUUUCUCCAUCAGCAAUAAGAAAUUGUUUGUGAAAAUAUAUUUUUGAUACAAUAAAAUGGUCAUAUGACUUUUCAAA